GUUCCUCUCAGAACAGAGCGGCCCGUCCGGACACAGGGACGCUCCUCUCUUCUCCGGGAAAGCGCGCAGGGCUGGGAUCGAUCAGCCGGGGGGAGCGGGAUGAAGUCCCGGCAGGCAGCCCCGAUCACUGCGACAAUAUGACUGGAUGUACUUUUACACGGCGGACCUUCAAGACGUAAUAAGAUUAUAUGUUCGGACUUGUGGCCAUAUUUAUGUAAAACUGAUGAGCAGGAGCAGAUAUUAGUUUUUUGUGUUUUGCUUCAGUUCCUACCAUUCGGGUCAAAACCUAAUUUAAUUUGAAGUCAGCCUAAAAAUGUAGUCACAAAUCUACUUUCCGACUCCUUUCACUACUUUCUCAGUCGCCACAAACAGAGUGACAUAAAAAGGACGCGCUGUCGAAACUUUUUUCCGCCGGAGUGGAGCCGCAGAUGGAGCCGGAGGAGGGGAAGAUCUCUGUGUGGGUGUGCCGGGAGGAGAAGCUGGUCUCCGGGUUGACGAAGCGAACCACCUGCGCCGACGUGGUCAGAGUGCUGCUGGAGGACCAGAACCUGCAGCAGGGCGCCUCGGCGGCGAUGUUGUCCGGUUCCCCACAGUCCUACUGCGUCGUGGAGAAAUGGAGAGGCUUCGAGAGGAUUUUACCCAACAAGACCAAAAUCCUCCGGCUGUGGAGCGCCUGGGGGGACGAGCAAGAGAAUGUCCGCUUCGUCCUGGUGAAGAACGAUGCUUCGCUGCCCAACAACGGACCCCGCAGCGCCGAGGCCCGGGUGGUCCAGAGCCGGGAGAGCGGUGGUCCGGGAGGGGUGCUUAAGGGUACUGCUAGGACCUGCUGGAGCGCCGCGGCUGCUGCCGCUAACCUGUCACAGGAGAAACAGAGGCGCAUAGUCAGAAAGGCUUUCAGGAAGUUGGAUAAGAUGAACAAAAAGAAAGAGCAGACUGUAUCUAAAGAUAAGAGCUCUGUGGAGAAGAUGGAGACGCUGGUUCACCUGGUUAUCUCCCAGGACCACACCAUCCGCCAGCAGAUCCAGAGGAUCAAAGAGCUGGACCGGGAGAUCGAGCGGUACGAGGCCAAAGUGCACUUCGACCGCAUAAAGAGACACGGGGUGAACUAUGUGCAGGACACAUACAUGGUGGACUGCUCCUCGGAGGCUUCCUCCCCCUCGGACUGUAAGCGCAAAGCGGAGCGACAAGAUGCGCGGUGCACAGCGGAAGCGCUUGCGCAGUUCGAGGAGUACGCGCGCCGGUGUGAGGAGGUGGUGCGGCUGCAGGAGGAGCUGACGGAGCGCGAGGCGCUCGUGGAGAGCAUCACCGGAGAGAUCCAAGAGGAGCUCAACCAACGGUGGAUGAAACGCCGCCGGGAGGAGAGAGGAGCGGAGGCGGCCAAGGACACCGACAGCGUCGCGGAGGAGAUAUGCCUUGCCGCGUCUGCCGUUCCAGGUGUGGAACCAGAUGUGGCAAGUUUGUCUGAGAACGAGCUUGCGCUGGAGGAGGAGAGGAUCAAGACGCAGCUGGACACCAGUCUGUACAUUGGCCUGCGGCUGAAGACAGACCUGGAUGCCAUCAGGGGGGACUUGGACCUGAGUCUGGCACUCUGGGAGACCAAGGAAAGUGAACUUCUGGACCUACUGGCCAAAGUCGAGACCAUGGAGAUAGAGCAGGCGAACACUAAAUUGGCGGUCACUGAUGAUGGUAAGGGAGAGCUGGAUGCGGUGGGCGCUCAGGCUGAACCGGCAUUAGCAGAGAAGAGCAGUGGCUGGGUGGAGCAGGCCAGAGGUCUGUCCAAGACCUGCAACACAAACGACGAGGACUCAGACACAGGCCUGAGCUCCAUGCACAGCCAGGACUCUGACAACCCACCUGUGUGCGAAUCACUGGUGUAGACUCACUUUGUCUGGAGGCAUGUUGGACUUUUAUGCAAUUUAAAGCCACAACUCAGGGGCAGAGAAUCAGUGUUGGCAAUACUAGGAGAUGUUCUUCCCUACCCACAAUGCACCUCAGCACAGACAAUGUAAUUCUGUAGCAAUAAUUCCUAUAUGUAGUUGCACAAUAAGAGACAGUAUGCUUAGAGAGGUAUAUGAUAGGCUGCUCCACAGCAGGCCUCUGACCUCCACGAGGAGCGUCAACAAGAACCACUUAUCGUGAGAAAUAGCCUAGAGGAAUAUUAUGAUAAGCCACUUAUAACCUGUAGUGUUCAAUGAGAAACUAACUUUAAGGUAUACUUGCUCACAGGUUUACAAAGAGUUAACAGCAGCUUGCUUUUGUCAGGAGACAGUCUGAGUUUUUGCUGAAGCGACUGAAAGGUAAGGCUGGGUGUUGUUUCACAGGCCAUGAACAGACAGGUUUCCUCUGAAAGGUCAUCAUCAAGUGUACCUUAAUGGGCAGUCAGAUACAGUAAUGCUAUGAAAGCUCUUUCAGUCUCGCAAAUGCACGAUGAAGGUGGGAUCAGUUCACUUCAGCUAAGAUUUACAAUUACUUUGCAAAACUGCUUUGUAUUCUGAAUUGUAUCAGUUUCUGGAAGAAAAAAAAAAACAAAAAACUGCAGACUUUGUGAACUGGAGCUGAAACACUGAUCUCUGUCCUGCCUGCUAAGCAGAGUAGAUCACUUGAUAUUGUCCUUAGUGUCUUUAAAGCACCAGAAGUCCUAUUUAUUGAACAAUAUUUUACAUCUGGACCGUUUACUACACUCUGUAUUGGUCAGCUUUCAUAGGUUGGAUUGAAACAUUGUCAGCGCAGCUCUUUGUGAGGCUGUGACCACUUCUUUGUUGUUUGAAGCAGUGGUUCUCAACCUGUUUGGGCUUCCAUACAAAGCCAACUCACAACCUCUCAUCAAAAGUUAUGUCGACCUAAAUCAGAUUGUUUAAUUUUAAUUUAAAGCAAACAUAAAAGUCCUAAAAAAAAAUAAACACAAGUUUAUGGUGCAGCAUUAAUGUCAUUAUUAUUUUUUGUUGUUGUUCCUUCCUAACUUAUUCAUCAUCUUGCGAUUUCUUAGAUCUGUGUUUUGAUCACUUUGGGGGUCUCUCCCCGAUGGGAACCACUGGUUUAAAGCAGGAAGUGCAUAGACACCAAGCAACAGAAACAGAAGCUACCAGAAUACAUUAUUCUGAAAUCAUCCUUCAACUCAAUCUCUCUGUGUGUUUGUCAGGCUGUUGUGAUGUCAGAUCUUACAUGGUUGACUUUGUCUAACUGUACACUGCUGAGAUUUAAUAACCUUGUGACAAUUAGAAGAGACUGAUGAUACUGUUUCUGUGGAGUCAACUGUUAGCUGUAUCCAAAUACCAAAAUACCUGUGUGUAGCUAAUUUGUGUCGCUUGAUCAGGGACCCUUUGGGCUUCUUAGUCUAGGACAAACAGCCUGCUUCAUCUAGAUAGAUGGCUCUAGAUCAGCAACUCUGAAGCUAAAGCGAGAGAACUCAGAUGCACUGUGGCUGCAUCCUGACGCCAGUCAGCACAUUAUUAAACAUGACUGUUAGUGUUGAAAUAAACAUCGGAAC